AUGGUUUAUCGUCCCAUGUUUAACGCUGAAAAGCUCAUGGCCCGGAGGAAGAUGUAUCCACACUCUCCCUUCAUCAACGGGCCUCUGUCCAUGAACAUCACCCAACCUUUGUCGAGAGCAUCGACCGUUGCCGAGCUCACAAUACAGAGACUGUUCCAUGAACAGGGCAUGCAUCACGGUGGCAAUGGCUUCCCAAAAUUGCCUCGUUUACCUAGUAUUCCUGGUAUUCCUCGGCCCAAGAGGACCGUGUUUUAUUACUCUACAUGGUCCAACAGGAGCAAACGCUUCGUCCCCAAUUUACGGAUCUCCAGGCGCCAGUUUUCCUCGGCGCCGCUGAAGAUCAAGCAUGGCACACGCAGCCUCAAGUGUGGUAUCCAGAGAAGAUUCUUUUCGAGUGAGGCUCGCAAGAAGAGAAGAGAGAAGAGGCGUUUUGUGCGUUGGUGGACAUUGACUUCCUUGGUGAUUGUCUUGGGUGGUGUCGCCGCCAAAAUAAGGUAUGAGCGUUACCUUGAUGAGGACUACGAUGAAGACGACUACCUCCCCUUCGGAGACCACACUGUGAAGCCUUCUUCCUGGUCAUUGUAUGCCUACUCCACGUUACCUUUGAAGACCAUGUCGAGAUUGUGGGGCCAGUUCAAUUCCAUAAACUUGCCAGUGUGGAUGAGAAAGCCUUCCUACACGCUUUACUCCCGUUUGUUUGGCGUGAACAUGGAUGAGAUGGACGAGCCUGAUUUGACGACCUACAAGAAUUUGUCCGAAUUCUUUUACCGUAGGUUGAAACCUGGUGUCCGGCCUUUGGCAGACACCGAUCUCGUCUCACCUUCUGACGGUAAAAUUCUCAAGUUCGGAGUGAUUCAGGACGGUGAAAUUGAACAGGUAAAGGGAAUGACAUACUCUGUGGAUGCCUUGCUCGGUUUGAACACAAAGCGUUUAGCCGCUCCAACACACUCUUUAGAGUUUGAUCGCAAGGAGGAGCACGAGGCGCUUGUGAAACGUCAUGAAGAAUUCGCCAGGUUGAAUGGCAUUUCAUAUUCUUUAGAUGACAUCGUGGGGGGAGAGAACGAAAAUACUCAUCACAUCAAUGAUUUGGAGUACAAAGACGAGGGUGACCAGACUGCCUCAGACAGGAAGCCAUCAAUCGGCAAAGAUCUUUCAGUAGCCCAGAACUUGACACCAACUCCGCUUGAAAGACUUGGCCAAAGCUCUCACAAAAACCUCUAUUUCGCAGUCAUAUAUCUAGCUCCGGGUGACUACCAUCGUUACCAUUCGCCUACAAAUUGGGUCACUACCUUGAGACGUCACUUUAUCGGUGAACUCUUCUCCGUGGCUCCAUUCUUCCAAAAGACCUUGCCGGGUUUAUUCGUGCUCAAUGAAAGAGUAGCUCUCUUAGGUUACUGGAAGCACGGCUUCUUUUCAAUGAUUCCUGUUGGAGCCACCAACGUUGGAAGUAUUGUAGUAAACUUUGACAAAGAUUUGAAGACUAAUGAUGUGUACGAGCACGAGGUGUAUCUGAGAAGUUCAAGAUCCUCAUCGCCCAGCGAGACGACGGCUCUACUUGAAGAAGGUAAAAGUAUUUCGGUGAGGUCCACGGAAAAUACAGUCUCUAAGCCCAAAAAGUUGAAGAAGAACACCGUCUAUGAGGCAACAUACACUAACGCUUCCACACUUCUCGGCGGUUUCCCCUUAAGAAAAGGCGAAGAGGUGGGUGGAUUCAAGUUGGGAUCCACGGUGGUGUUGGUUUUCGAGGCCCCUGAUAACUUCCAUUUCGAUCUUCAGGUUGGUCAGAAGAUAAAAAUGGGUGAGUCUCUUGGCAGAUUCAAGUAG